CUACGCCACCAUACCCGAGCCAGCUGUGUCGCCUCCCGAGAUGAAGGUUGCAAAAUCUGCAAGUUCAUCUUCUUGGCCGUCUGCAAAGAUCACGAUCGAGAUUGGGAUGACAAUGACCACCUCAUAUUCCGCAAUUUUCCCCAAAGAAGCUCUACCAAUAUUCCAGGUAUCUACAGUCUUCAAUGCACAUUUGAAGACGGGCUUAACGACAGCAUAAUCACUAUCAAUACGUUUGCUAGAGAAGACAAUCCCAUGAGCAAAAUUGUACAACGAAGGCCUUUAUAUCGAAAUGUGAAGAGUGACACCAUUCUUUUGGCUGCAAAAUCCUUGCUACAAAAAUGUAUGAACCCUAAGAAGCCGCACAAGCAUUGCCGGUAUUCACGAGACACUGUACUUCCAUCCCGAGUUCUUGAUGUUGGGGCUUUGGGGGACUCUCAGCCAACCCUUAAACUGAAAGUCAACAAGACAGAGACUCAUGCUCCUUACCUAGCAUUGAGUUACUGUUGGGGACCUCCGCCUGCAUCUACCUCGCAUGUGCAGCCACUCCAGUUACGGCUUGAGAAUCUUAACACUUUGAUGGCUGGCAUCGAUUUUGAGACUCUCCAGCAGUCUAUACAAGACGCUGUAUUUAUCGCUCGCGAACUUGGUUUUCGUUACCUUUGGGUUGACGCUCUUUGUAUCAUCCAAAAUUGCGACGCCGACAAGAACAGAGAGAUCUCUCGUAUGUCAGCCAUCUAUAAGAAUGCCACAGUAACCAUAGCGGCGUCUUCCUCUAAGAGUGCAGCAGACGGAUUUCUUUCGACAGAGGUACAACCUUAUUGUCCCGAAUUCGAAUUCCACGUCCCGAUGCCAGAUAACAGGAUGGGCACUGUAUAUAUGUCGGCAGAACCGUACAAUCCAGAACACCAUCUAGACACAAGAGGUUGGACGUAUCAAGAGUUCAUGUUAUCGUCCAGGAUGCUUUGUUUCUCCGAAUAUGAGCUUUUAUGGCAGUGCAAAGAAAUAGGUCUGAGGAGUGUUUCUGAGGGAGGGCUCGAGUAUACGCAGCAGCUAGAAGCUCUUCCUUGGGUAGUGUUUGAUGAUGAUGCAGAGCCAUAUUUUGGAAUUAAUGAUGCUGAAAAGAUCUACAUUUGGAAGACAGUUGUUCAACAGUAUACUGAACGUAAUCUCAAAGAGCCAAGCGACAGACUCAACGCCAUUAUGGGCAUAACGUGUGAGCUAGAACCACUAUGGCGACAGGAAUGCAUAUACGGACUAUGGAAACAGUGGUUUAUAGAGCUCUUAGCCUGGUAUAAACCCUAUAGCGAGAGGGAAGAGCAGCGACAUAUUGAUCGGGCGCCUAGUUGGUCUUGGGCGUCUUUGAAUGGCGUGGUUAGAUAUAAAGGAUCUAUUUCAACCGAGGACGCAAAGGUCCUAUCAUUAACCGUAUCCGCUGUGGAAUUAACAUGUCGCAUUCUUAAGGAAGACAACAUAAAGAGUAAUGACGAUGCUUUCACUAUACAUGAAGAACCGGACCUCAUUGACGCGGCCACAGAGAUUGGUCAAAACGGAUCACCCAUUGAAAUGGCACAAUACUUGCUAUUGGGUACGUUCAAGUUAGAAGGAGGCCUUGAGCAUGGCAUAGGUUUGCUUGUAGUAGAAGUCGGUACUGGAUUAUAUAGAAGAGUUGGAUUGGUCACUUUUAGAGAUAUGAAGUUGUGGGACAAUAUUGAAAGCCGAGAUGUCGUCUUGGAGGGCAGAAUUGGGCGGUAGACCGAAGAGCUCAAUACCAAUACAUAGUCUUAGAAUAAAUAUAAAUAACUACAACCUACUUAUCUCCCCUGCCUCCUCGAAUGUAUCUUCCAAUGCCUUUGGCAAUCGUUUAAUCUCGCAAAUGCCUUGGUGCAGCCUUCAUGUGAGCACUUAUAUGGGCGCUCACCAAAGUGGCUUCUUUCGUGACCCUGAAGUGUUAUUUUUCGGGUGAACUGCUUGCCGCAAAGACUGCAUUUGAACUCAGUUGGCCCAGUCCUGUGCCGCAAAGCCUCGAAAAUUGAUGGCCCUUCGCUCAAAUGUGGGUGAUAGUGUCGCAUAUGCCUUUCCCAGUCUUUCUUG